UGAAAUUGUUCGAAAUAUCCUCGACGAAUGGUAGUUAGCGGUAUCGGUAAAGCGAACUGUAUGAGUCAAGAAAAAUAAUUCCUCCCAAAUUGUCAAUCCCUCAGUAAUUAAUAUUCUUUCUUAAAAAUUAAAACACAGUCAAGGACAUGUUAAUAAAGAAAUCUUAUUCAUAAUAAUCUUGUUUUGAUAAAUAAAAGGUCAAUAUACAUACAUGUAAAACCUGAUUGAAAUAAUCUUAUAAAAUGGUUUCUGUGUUCAAGAUGUGUAGAAUUGAAAUCCGAGCGGAAAGAGGCAACUGGCUGGUAAAGCAAAUUAUGUGGUGUAAAUUUAAACCAGGUUGUUCUGGAGACAGGGAGAAGGGCAGUCGAACAUUCACUGGCCUAUAACGUGAUCUGGCACUUGUAUUUUCACGUGGCUCUUUGCAUGUCCAUUGGUAUCCUGGUGCACUUGUAGGUACAUGUAUCCUCAGUCCCCAACGAAAAUGCGGCCUUUAACUUUCAGUCAUUAUUGUUCAUCAGAGGUAUUGUAUGCAACAUUCUUUUUUAGUAACAAUAAAUAUGGAACUCAAUAAAAAUUUUAUCAUUUGGGCGUUCAUGUAUUCAAUGUCUGGAUUCAAUUUGCCUGUUUUUAAAUAAGCUGCUAGCAUCAAAUCUACAUGGAUCUUAAAUUGAUAUGAAAAAUACUAUAGAAUAUAUACAGUUUAAACGUACAACUAAAGUGUCAAUAUCUUUUAAAAUUCAAUGUAAAAAACAGACAGAUAUAUUUUGCUGCCUCAGUAUUACAAGAAGUACAAGAUGUUUUACGGUAAGUAAAUCUCACGGCGGGUGUGAAAGGUCGACAGGGGGUGCUUACUCCUCCUAGGUAUCUGAUCCCACCUCUGGUAUAUCCAGGGGUCCGUGUUUGUCCAACUCUCUAUUUUGUAUUGCUUAUAAGAGUUAUGAAAUUGAUCACUGUUUGUUAUCUUCACCUUUCAUGAUCCAUUCAUUUAAUAUCAAUUAACUAGUGAGGAGGUUAAAUAUUCCUUUCAUUAUAGUUUUAUUUUAUAUGAGGCCUUUCUCUGAGGAUAUUAUUUAAAAAGAGAGGGGUUCGAAAAUAACACUAUAAUGAAAUGAUUUGUAUAAACAGUAUAUCAAGAUGCUUAUUAACAGAAUUGAUUUUAUCUGUUACAUACUCCUGUGCCCCAAGAUUACACAUAUUUCCCAAUUUAUAAAAUACACAUUUUAUCUAUACAAUGUAUCCAUAGCUUUGUUGUAUUGAAAACUAACUUUUAAUGUUUUGUGUGAAAUUUUUACCAAGUGAGGUAAGAUACUAUGUCAUACCAGAAAGAGGGAUAGAAUGAGAAGGAUAGAGUGCCCUGAUAUAUACAUAGAAAAAUACAGAAAAACAGUUUUUUAAAAUUUAAAAAUGACAAUAAAUAUACAUGCAUAUAUAUGCUUGCGUCAAGUUCGAGGUGAAUAAAGUAUAAUUGAAUGCUUACAAAAUUAUAGUACCUUGAAUAACCUUCCAAAAACUCAAUGUUUCCCCUACUCAUAAAGACAUAUGAAAGCAAUAUACUAUUCUCAUGAUAAUACAUUUCUCACCGAGUAGUGAAUUAACAACUAGUUGGUGCACUUCAUUUCAUUCAUUUUCUAAUUUUACCAGAAUCACAUGACUUUUUUUUUUACAUGGAAUUGCACCGUGUCGUAAUGUUUAGUCAGCAGGGAUUCAAUUCUUCUUCCUCGUUACCGUCAAUUAAAUCAUUAUUGAAACGUAUUUGACCUUAACCACUAAUUUCAUCUUAUUGAUAUGCUUCUGAUGCAUGUUCUUAAUCCAUCUUUCAUAUUCAUGACGGAAAUGCCAAAGAUCUGCAUUUCCGUUUAAGAUGAUUUGUAUAAAAGAACUGCAGACUCCAGGAUUCAGUAUUCCCAAUCACUUAUUUGGAAUCCAGCGAAUUCAUAAUGAACACCCUAGUUGUUUUAUCUAUUUUGGUAGCAUCUUGCUAUGCUGGGGAUUACGGGAAGUCACACGGGUACAGAUUCGGAACCUGUCCACGCUUUCCUGACUAUGGUGCUGUAGGAAGAUACUGUAGGCGUGACUCUGAAUGCCCUCAUAACCAGAAAUGUUGCAACGCAGGAUUUGUUGGCUUUAGAUGCCAAGUUCCAGUGGAAGCACAAAGGCCUGGUAGUUGUUCCAAUAGUGCCGGGUCCUAUGGAUAUCCCAACUGCAAUACAGACAGGGACUGCAUGGGUGGACAGAAAUGCUGCACUGGUCCCUAUGGAAACGUAAAUACUUGCAAAAGGGUUAACAUUUAUUCGGUACCUGUCUUUCCAGGCAGUGUAGGAUCCAUUCCCAGCGCAGGACCUUUCAUUUCUGGUUCAAUGGGUGCAUUACCGUCGACUGGACCUAUGGUGUCAGGUCCCAUGGCUUCCGUCUCCACCACAGGACCUAUAAUGUCUGGUCCUACAAGUUCAUUAUCGAUGAGUGGACCUAUGAUGUCUGGUCCCAUGGCUUCCGUUUCCAGCACUGGGUCGAUGUUUUCAGGUUCUCUAGAUUUCGACGAUUCCAGCUUCGGGUCUGUUCUCUCAGGUCCUGUUGCAUCUCUUUCCAGCACCACACCAAUGUUUUCAGGUGCUGGUGCACCCAUGACCAGCACCGCACCAAUGUUUGCAGGUAUUUUCGGAUCAAUGCCAGGCAUUGGGCCUAAUGUUGGAGCCCCUAUGAGUGGUGGGUUUUUAUCGGGUCCUUUCAAUUCCGUUUUUUCCAACGGACCUUUCUCAGAUCAUAUGGGCUCCAUUUCCUCCAACCGACCUUUUAUUGCGGGUACUGGAUCAUUUCGAAGACGUCACCAUAAAACAUACUAACUAUCUCAGUUGUUUGUAUCGACCUAUCUAAUAAAUCAUUUUUGCAGUAUAA